UUGACACAUGUGUGAGCCCUUAGUAGGUCACAGAUGACCCCUUAUAACAUCCUACUGUACAUAUGACAUUUCCUAUGUGUCCUAAGGGGUCAUAUGUGGUCCUAAGGGCUCACGCAUGCAUUAACACAUGCGUGACCCCUUAGUAGGUCACAUAUGACCCCUUAUAACAUCCUACUGUACACAUAUGACAUUCCCCUUAGGAUAAUAUAGUGUCCUAACAUAUAACGUGUUAGAUCUCUCUAUUCUUGAAUUUUUUAUGUAUGUCAAAGAUUUAAAUAUGUACAUGUGUUAGAUCUCUCUAUCUCUCUGAAAUAUAUGUUAUCUCUAGAUCUGAAAUAUAUGUUCUCUCUCUCUCUCACUGAAAUAUUUGAAAUUUUUACAUGUAUUUUUUGAAAAUAAAAAUGAUCUCUCUCUCUCAUGAAGAUUUAUAUGUAUAUAAUCUCUCUCUCUCUCUCUCUGCUUACGUAUUUAUUUUAACUUUAUGACAUGUACCUAGAUAGAUGGCAUCCCAAGAUAUACCUUCGCAGGCUCCUGAUCAGGAUCCACCUUCGCAGGCUCCUGAUCAGGAUCCACCUGCGUAGGCUCCACAUCAGGAUCCAACUUCGCAGGCUCCUAAUCAGGAUCCACCUGCGCAGGCUCCACAUCAGGAGCCACCACAGCAGGAUCCUCCACAGCAGGAUCCCCCCUUGCCCGACAUUGCUACUAUUUUUCAUUACAGUGAUCGGGAGUUGCAUAGGUUGAGGGCCAUACUAGAUGACCCUCGUACUGAUGGCAUGUACAAGAGUACGUGCACGUCCAUUUUUGACAGUUUGCAGACAUUGAGGGACCGCUUAGUAUCUCAUACCUCAUUCUCACCUGAGGUUAUAGAGGAUAUAUAUAGACAGUUGAGGAGUGAGGUGAGGGGUCCUCAUUCUUUUGUUGAUGUGGUGGGGGUGGUCUCGAAGGAGACCAUCAAGGAGAGAUGCUUCCCACAAUAUCAGGAGAAGAGUAAGGUGAGGGGAUAUCAGGUUACCAGAUGUAUCGACCCACAGGUUGCAUCACUGAUUUACCCACGAUUCUUAGCCGCCCAUGAUCGUUAUCCUAAUAAUGACCAGAUUCCAUUAUACUUUGCACAACAGGUAUUUGUUGAGGUUCAUUGUCAGAUGAAACCAAACUACCCUAAUAUUCCAGGAUAUUAUGGACAGGGGAGGGGCAGGAUUGCUGAUAGAGAUGCAUAUCAUAGGCGUGAUAGAGCUCCGCCUAGACACAAGGACCUUGUUGGCCAGAGAUUUCCUACAGUAGUCCCAGCCGUGACACCCAUAGCGGAUCACGUUGUGAUUGCUUCUCAGAGAGAAGCAAUUGAUAGGAUUGGGAAGAUUGCAUCAGUAGCAGCCACCAUAUCUUCUGACAGGGUGGGCAAAUAUAUGAUGAGUCGACCACGUUCGCGAUCAUCCAUAGAUCAUGCAUCUUCUAGUCAUGGGGGGGCUUCAGAUUCAGAUGAUCGGUAUAUUUCUGCUGGCAUCCCCUCCCCAGAUGAGGUAGCAGCUAUAGUCGGAGGUAGUAGACAUGUACAGAUGUCGCAGUAUUUAGCUGAGGACCUACUACAUGCUUAUAGUUUUAUUUCAUCUCGACUUGGGAUACCAUUGGCUGAUGUUAGAGAGGCGAUUCUCAGAGAUGGUCAGGCUACAGCGGCAUCGAUGCAUACCUCGAGGUAGUCACAACAUUCUCAUCACUCUACGCAUGCUCCAGGCAUUGACCCACCUACAGAUCACUCUAUUGCUGCAAAGGAGGAGCUACGAGCUGAUCAACUCCAUAUCACAGAUGAGGGUCGGUUGGAUUCAUUUGAGGAGGAGAUACGAGCUGAUCAGGUACAUAUCACAGAUGAGGGUUUGGACUCAUUUGAGGAUCAACUGAGAGAUUUGAGCCAUACUGGAUUUAUGGACAUGCUACUACAGUCAGACACUUCAUCCACGAUGCCCACUCAUCUAGUUAGCCCCUUGCACUCCUCAGUGAUACGUACAGCUAGAGAGAGAUAUGCAGGCACGAGUGAUGUUGUUGAUAUGAUCAUGGGAUAGGAUCAGACUAUACAGCCUACUCCAGGUGAUACACAGUUAGCUCAUGUCACUCCUUCCUUGAGCUCUGAGCAUGUGCGUAGGAGAGAUUCUUUAGAUGCUGUUAGUGUACAGGACUCCCCCUCAGAUGGUCGCUCAGUUCGUAGCCGACAUGAUCCCUGUUGAUUUGCUUCAGACUUUAUAGCUCAUUUACAUUUAUCUUUUUAUAUACUUUCAUAUUAUAUAUAUUCAUGCAUGUACAUGGAGUUUAGACUCUAGAUUAUACUUUAUACCUGGUUUGUGUUUGACUCUAGAUUAUACUUUAUACUUUAUAC